AUGAUACUGAGUUUGAUUGCUGUGGUGCUGGUGGUGUGGACAAUUGCGUAUAGGUUCAAAAGGCGGAAAAUGUACAAGUUAGCUUCUUUGAUACCGGCUGCUAAAGACGAGCUGCCCUUAAUAGGUUUAGCGCACUCGUUGUCCGGAAAUACUGAAGAUAUAAUGGCAUCAUUGCAAAGAUUUAGUUACGAGGCUAUGAAUAAUGAUGGACUGAUAAAAGUUUGGUUGGGGCAUAUAUUAUACUUUGUGGUAGUUAACCCAUUGGAUCUUGACAUUGUGUUGAAGACCUGUUUAGAAAAAGAUGACUUACAUCGUUUUAUAAGGAAAAUAAUUGGGAAUGGAGCCAUAUUUGCACCAGUGUCAAUUUGGAGACGGCGACGAAAAGUCCUCGUGCCAGCCUUUAGUCCAAAGAUAGUGGAGAACUUCGUAGAAGUAUUCUCUGAACAGAGUGUUAAGCUGACCGAGCGACUGGAGAAACAAGUCAACAAAGGUCCAUUCAGUUUAUGGCCUUUUGUUAGCACUUAUACUCUUGACUCUGUUUGCGAUACGGCAAUGGGUGUUAAAAUUAAUGCUCAGGAAAAUCCCGAUUCUCCAUUCUUGACAUGUUUGAAUCGCAUUUUGAAUCUGGUGUGUGAAAGAAUAUUUCACUUGUGGCUUCAACCCGAUUGGCUGUACAAAUUGUUCCCGCAGUAUACUGAGCAUCAGGAGUGUUUAAAGGAAAUGCACGACUUCAUUGAUCAGGUAAUAAAAAUCAAAAGGGCAGAAAUCAAGAUUGAAAAUGAUUCUAAAUCAGAGACAGAUAAAAUAUAUGAUUUGGGACAGUACAAAAUGAAAACAUUCCUUGACUUGCUAGUGACGCUUUCUGGUGGCAACCAAGGUUACACUGAUAUAGAGCUUAGAGAAGAAGUACUCACCCUAACGGUAGCAGGGACAGACACUUCGGCGGUCGGACUUGGCUAUGUCUUGAAGCUAUUAGCCAAAUACCCGGAUGUACAAGAAAAGGUUUACCAAGAGUUAUGUGAAGUAUUUGGUGACUCAAAUCGUCCUCUAAUCAAAGAAGAUUUACCAAAACUGCAAUACUUAGAACGAGUUGUGAAGGAAUCCCUUAGACUUUUCACUCCCGUGCCGUUUAUUAUAAGAAAAGUGCUAAACGACAUUGUUUUGCCGUCUGGCCGUGUCCUUCCAGCUGGCUCGGGCGUUGUAGUUUCUAUCUGGGGAGUACAUCGUGAUCCCAAGUACUGGGGCCCGGACGCGGAGCACUUCGAUCCCGAUAGGUUCCUCCCGGAAAGAUUUAACCUUGCCCAUCCAUGUAGCUAUAUGCCUUUCAGUAGUGGACCCAGAAAUUGCCCAGGAUAUCAAUAUGCGUUGAUGUCAAUGAAGACCGCAUUGUCCACCGUCCUUCGGUCCUACAAAGUUGUGGGAGAGCAUGAGACCACUGCUGUUCCUCGCAUCAGAGUCAAGAUAGACAUUAUGAUGAAGGACGCCGACGGGUACCAAGUAGCUUUGGAGCGGCGAUUACCACUAUUCAAAGCGUAA